AUGUCGGCGGUAGUUGAUGAGAAGCUCUCGCCCGGUCAUGAUGACCUGCCCGGUAACGGCGAUGCCCGUGGGACCAAGCGCAACCGCAUGAGCGCCGACGAUGAGGACGAUGACGACGACAAGCCUGGUCGUGAGCGACGCAAGAUCGAGAUCAAGUUCAUUCAGGAUAAGUCGCGUCGACACAUUACUUUCUCUAAGCGAAAGGCUGGUAUCAUGAAGAAGGCUUAUGAGCUGUCUGUCUUGACUGGCACUCAAGUGCUUCUUCUGGUUGUCUCCGAGACUGGUCUGGUCUACACCUUCACUACCCCCAAGCUUCAACCGCUGGUUACCAAGGCCGAGGGCAAGAACCUCAUUCAGGCCUGCUUGAAUGCUCCCGACCCAGCUGCCAGUGAGAAUGGCGUCGACGCCCCCGAUGUCGCCCCCGAGGCCCCCGAAGACGUGGCUCACAGCAAUGUCAACGCCCCCCAGGGGAAUAUGCGUCCUGGCAUUCACCCUGGCUACAUGACCAACGAGCAGCAGCAGCAGAUGGCAUACUACCAGAAUCUCCAGCAGCAACAGCAGGCUGGUGGCCAGUAUCCCAUGCCGGUUGCCGGCCGCAUGCCGCCGCAGCACCAACCCACUGCUUAA